AUGUUGGAUAGGACGUCGGUACAUGUUCCGUCGCAUAUGUUGACUUCGUACCCCUCGCUCGCUGUAUAUGUGAACGCAAUUUUGACGACGUUCAACUCGUUACCUGUCUUUAUAUCUAUAUCGGAUCUGGAGGAUGUGUUGACGACCAGCGGGGAGGCAUUACUGGAGUUUGUGAGGACCGUCGAGGACGGCUUUGACGGGGCAGAAGGAGAUUACAGCGAGACAGAGACAGAGAAACGGGGGAAGGAGAGUAAGGUAUUGGUGAUUAGGCAGGCGAGUGGGGUUUCGGUGAGGGUGCUCGUUGCGAAUUUGAGGAGAGGCGUAAGCGAGGGUGUUCAUGGGGCUUCCUUGGAGGCUAUGGAUGGAGAGGCCGGUGACGGGAGGAAGACAGGUGAGAAGCUGAAGCUGGUUAUGGUCGAGUGGAAAAGUUGGCUGGAUGGGGCUAACGGAGAGCGAGAGUGA